ACUACCACAAUCAUGAUCUACUUGCCACUGCAUGCUGUUUGCAAUUGUUGUUAAUCAUCACUAUUUUGUUGCAUGCAGGUUCUUCAGAAAUUAGGGCAACUUUAGCAGGGAAGGAUAAGCGAAAAGCAUCCGUCAGUGCAGAUCAGCCUCGCAAGCGACUCAGGGAAGAGUUGACUAAUCAUGACUACUAUGAAGAUAAUGCUAGGCAUUCCUUAAAUAAUCAUGGUCAGGAUCAUUUUCCAGGAGCCACCCCAACACACAGAGAACUUGUCAGUCAGAUAAGUGGUGCUCAGGACCAUGAACUUGCUGUGUUGAGAAGACUACUCAGUGCUGAGUACAACAGACGGUCUCUUUUGAAACCACUCUUUUGGCUGAACACCAUCAAGCUUGCCCUUGACGAUGUCUAUACAAGAUUGUCAAUUGUUUCAAGGAGAAAAACAGACUUUGUGUUGGAAGGUAAUGAAGUGGACAUGUUUAACAUCUUCAGAACUCUCAAUAAAGGUGAGGAUGCCAUGGUUCUUGUCGAGGGAAGCCCUGGGAUUGGAAAGACAACUUUUUGCCUCAAAAUCUCUCAUGACUGGGCAAAAGGAACAAUCCCAAAUGAAUCGUCUUUCCCAUUGUUUGAACUUGUGCUGUUGCUGAAAUGUAGAGACUUUCAUGGAAAUGUAAUGGAAGCUAUUGUUAAUCAGCUCCUCCCUGAAGAUAUGGACCAAAAUGCUAAGAAAAAUGUAGUACAUUAUAUCAAGGAUAUUCAUAACCAGGAAAGAAUUUUGAUCAUUUUGGAUGGCCUAGAUGAGCUUCCUAAAACAGCAGAAAGAUCUGUGGACAAGUUACUUCACAGGCGAAUUUUACCAUUUUGCUCUGUCUUGGCUACCUCUCGCCAAGAGAAAGGAAUUGAAGUGCGGCAGAAUGUGGACUUUGAUGUUCUUUUGCAAAUCAAAGGGUUUACAGAAGCAGAUUCGUAUGAUUACAUCAGGAAGCACUUCAGACAUUUGGGUAAAGAUUAUGAACCAAAGGGAGGGCGGCUUAUCAAGGCAAUUCAGGAAAAUUCUUACUUGCACGAACUUCCAAGCAAUCCAUUGAAUCUUCUCCUACUCUGUGUCGUGUUUGAAUGUUAUGAAGGAAAUCUACCAUCUUGUCGCACUGACCUUUAUCAGAUAAUUGUCAUUUGCCUUUUACGGAGAUAUUGUGCAAAGCACAAUCUUAAGGUAACUGCUGGUGCUGCCGAUGGUGCUGCUGAUGAUUCGGAUGUUGUUAGUGACGAAGCUCUAAUGAGGCACUUUGAAGACAGUUUUCUAGUUCUUGGAGAGUUAGCUUGGAGAUGCUUGAAAGAAGAUCGAUUUUCGUUUCGUGAAGAAGAGUUGGUAGAAUUUGAAUCUGCACAUAAGAGUCUUGCAGCUCGCAAACUUGGUCUUGUGUUCAAGGAAGCCAGCUUAAGGAAGAUUAACCCACAGCAUGAGUAUUUCUUCUUUCACAAGACAUUUCAAGAGUAUCUGGCUGCAUUUUAUCUAGCACAUAUGCUAUUGAAACAAAUGGUUGAUUUUUCUGAGUUGAACUUUUACAGGGAUUUGGUAGAGAGGUACAGACAAGUGUUUGUCUUUAUGUCAGGUAUUCUGGGUGGGGAAGCUGGUGUUCUUUUUGAACAGAUUGGUAAGAAGCUAAAGGAUAAAAACUGGGACUGGUGCAAGUGCCAUGAGGAAGAGGCC